AUGGUCUACCCGUUCCAGGGGAACCACUACGUCAAGUUCUACUGGGGCACGGAGGAGACCCUGGUGCCCGUCUACACGUCCAUCGCGGAGGCCGCGUCGAAGCACGGGGACGCGAGCUGCCUCGUCAACUUCGCGAGUUACCGGUCCGUCUACGACACGUGCAUGGAGACCUUCAAGCUGAGCGCCCAGAUCCGCACCGUGGCCAUCAUCGCCGAGGGCGUGCCCGAGGCGCAGACGCGCGACAUCGCGGCCGCGGCCGAGGAGGCCGGCGUCGGCCUCGUCGGCCCCGCGACCGUCGGCGGCAUCAAGCCGGGCUGCUUCCGCAUCGGCAACACGGGCGGCAUGCUCGACAACAUCGUCAUGUCCAAGCUCUACCGGCCCGGCUCCGUCUGCUACGUGUCGAAGAGCGGCGGCAUGUCGAACGAGCUCAACAACAUCAUCGCGCGGUCGUCCGACGGCGUCUGCGAGGGCGUCGCCAUCGGCGGCGACCGCUACCCGGGGAGCCGCUUCAUCGACCACCUGCUGCGCUACAACGACAACCCGGACUGCCAGAUUUUAGUGCUCCUGGGCGAGGUCGGCGGCGUCGACGAGUACGACGUCUGCGCGGCGCUCGAGAGCGGCCGCAUCGACAAGCCCUUGGUGGCCUGGUGCAUCGGCACCUGCGCGUCGGCCUUCAGCUUCGAGGUCCAGUUCGGCCACGCGGGCGCCUGCGCGCGGGGUUUAGGCGAGGCCGCCGUCGACAAGAACGCGGCGCUCGCGAAGGCGGGCGCCGUCGUGCCGCGGUCGUUCGCGGAGUUCGGCGCGCGGCUGAGCGAGGUCUACGCGCUCCUCGUGGACCGGGGCACCAUCGUGCCCAGGCCCGAGCCCGAGGUGCCAAAGGUGCCCAUGGACUACACCUGGGCGAAGCGCCUGGGCAUGGUCCGGAAGCCCGCGAACUUCAUCUCGACGAUCAGCGACGACCGCGGCGAGGAGCUGACCUACGGCGGCAUGCGCAUCAGCGACGUCUUCAAGGAGGACCUGGGCGUCGGCGGCGUCCUGUCCCUGCUCUGGUUCAAGAAGCGGCUGCCGCCCUACGCGACCAAGUUCAUCGAGAUGAUCAGUAUGAUCCUCAUGGUCACCGCGGACCACGGGCCCGCGGUGUCCGGCGCGCGCGACGCGGCGCGGGAACAGAGUGAUUCAACGCACAACACGAUCGUGUCCACGCGCGCGGGCAAGGACCUCGUGUCGAGCCUCGUGUCGGGCCUGCUGACCAUCGGCCCGCGCUUCGGGGGCGCGCUGGACGGCGCGGCGACGAUGAUGACGGACGCGUGCGACCGGGGCAUGUCGGGCAAGCAGUUCGUCGACGACUGCAAGCGCGAGGGCAAGCUCAUCAUGGGCAUCGGCCACCGCAUCAAGAGCGUCGAGAACCCGGACAUGCGCGUGGAGAUCAUCAAG